AUGAAUAAGCAAAACCAUAUAAAAUUAAUGGAUGAAGAUUCAUAGAUUUAAUAAGCAAUAAAUUUAGAUUUUGAGAUAGAUUAAGAAUUGUGUUAAAAAUAAGAAAAAUUAAACUUAGAGAAUACAGUGAUAUACUUUCCUCAUAAACCUUAUGAUGUUUAAAUAAAGUAUAUGGAAAAUGUUGUCUAAAUAUUGGAUAAAAAAUUUAAUGGAUUGUAUUAUUUAUUAAUUAUGAAAAAUUAGAUUAGAAUCUCCAACAGGAACAGGUAAAACUUUAUGUUUAUUAUGUUCAUCAAUGGGUUGGUUAAAAAAGCAUAGAGAAGAAUAAUUGAUAUCGAAUAAUUCUAAUAAUUUAAAAAUUAUUUAUGCUUCAAGAACACAUUCACAAUUAAAAUAAGUAGCCUAAGAAUUAAAGAGAACUGUUUAUAAGCCAAAUAUAUCUAUGAUAGGUUCAAGAGAUUAAUAUUGUCUAAAAAACUUUUAAAAUUUAAAAGGAAAUUCUUUAAUAUAAGCAUGUAGAAAGUUAGUAAAAGGAAAGAAAUGUUAAUUUUAUGACAAAGAAUUUUUACCAAUUAUAGCUGCCACAAAUAGUAAAUUGAUCAAUACUUUAGAAGAAACUAAAUAAUUUGGAUUUAAGAAUGAGGUAUGCCCUUAUUACUUUGAAAGAGAAAGAUUAAUAAAUGCUGAUUUAAUUAUGAUACCAUACAACUAUUUAUUAGAUAAUGAAUUUUCAAAUAUUGUUGAUGUAAAAAAUUCAAUAAUUAUUUUUGAUGAAGCUCAUAAUGUUCCCUCAACUGCUGAAGAUGGUUAAUCAUUUUAUAUUAAUGAUAACAUUGUUUAAGAAGCAAAAAAAGAAUUAGAAAGAUGGUUGAAAUAAUUAGAUGAAAUACCUGAUUUUUUAACAGGUUUCUAAAAUGUAUUAGGCUAGAAAAAAUUUUCAAAAAUUGCAAUUAAAAUAAAUGAAUAUGAAGAAAUUGUUUAAACAAUUGAAGCUUUUUCAAGAUUUUUAAAAAGUUUGUUAGAAUCUACUUAAUUUAAUUCUUAAGAUAUAGAAUAAUGCAAAGUAUUUAAUGCUUAAUAGAUAUUUAAUUUCCUUUAUGAGAAUACAUCUAUAAAUAAAAAAAAUAAUGAUUCCUUAUUUUCAAAUGGGAUUAAUGAUAGUAAUAUCUCUAUAUAUAUCGAAUAUUGUUAAACAAUAAUUAAUUAUAUGAGUGAAAUAUCUCCACUUGAGGGUUCUAAUUUACAAUCUUGGACUAGAUUUUUAAUGAAUCUUGAUAAUUUCACAUAAGAUAAUGAAGAUAAUUAAGAUAAUGAAUAAUUAAAUUAUUAUGAUUUCUAUAAGUUAGUAGUGAAAAAGAAUAAUUAGAAUUAAAUAUCUUUGAAUAUGUGGUGUUUAGAUCCAUCUUUGGCUUUUAAGAAAUUGCUAAGUCAAAAUAUCCACUCUAUAAUAUUAACUUCAGGUACAUUAUCUCCUAUGGAAUCUUGGUAAAGUGAAUUAAAAAUGGAGUUUUAGAUUCAAUUAAGUAAUAAACAUGUAAUAGACAUUACAAAAAAUGUUAGAGCAUUUGUAAAUUAAAUUUAUGAUUUCUCUUAUAAAAAUAGAGAUGAUGAAAAAUAAAUUAUCAAAUUAGGAGAAACCCUACUAAAUUUUGCAUAAAUUAUACAGGGUGGAAUUAUUGUCGUAUUUUCUUCAUAUACUCUUAUGUAACAUAUAUAGAAGAAAUGGUCUAAUUAAAAAUUGAUAUGGAGACUAAAUGAAGUGAAAAAGUGUUUAUGGGAAGAAUAAGGAAGUUCUUCAUUUCAUAAUACAUUAGAAGUUUUUAAAUAAAAUGUUUAAAAGGGAGCAAUUUUAUUUGCAAUUCAUAGGGGAAAAGUUACAGAAGGAAUUGAUCUACCUGAUGACUUAUGUAGAGCUAUAUUUUUAAUCGGAAUUCCAUAUCCUCCAUUAUAAGAUUAAAAAGUAAAAUUAAAGAAAGAAUAUUUAGAUAAACUCAGGUAAGGUUUGUCUAGCAAAGAUUGGUAUGAUUAAUAAGCAAUUAGAGCAACUAAUUAAGCAAUUGGUAGAGUUGUUAGACACAUUAAUGAUUAUGGGUAUUGAUUUUUACUUUAUUUAGUGCUAUAUUUCUAUGUGAUAAGAGAUUUUAAUGGUCGAAUAUGAAGAAUGGAAUAUCAAAAUGGGUUUAACCAGCAAUCAAAUCUUGGAGAACUGAUUAAGAUAUUGAUCAGAAUAUUAAAUUGUUCUUUUAAAGAUAAACUCAAUAAAGCAAUGUAAUAAUGCAUUUGAAAAUUGAUAAUCAAUAAAGUAACUAAAAUUCUUAAGAAUAAGUAUAAAGAAAUAUUUAUUAGGAAACAUAGAAAUAAUUUAAUUAAUCUUUUAGGUAAUCUUCUGAGAUAUAACCUUAACAUAAAUUUUAAUCUCAAUAAUAAUAAAAAUAAAAUUAAUAAAAGUUUGGUAUUUAAUAUAAAGAUUAUCAUUUUAAUAAUAAAAAAUAAAAGUGGCUCUUGGAUGAAUUAUCAGAUUAAGAUAUGAAAUAAUUUAUAGAUUAAGACGAAGAACUAUCUUCUAUUUUAUAAAAAUAUGAAUUGGUAGAUUAAAAGUAAGAGAUUAAUUCAGAAGAAUCAUCAGACUAAUCUUAAUUUUAAGAAGAAUCAUAAGAGUAAUCUGAAUUUUCACAGGAAUCAUAAGAGUAAUCUGAAUUUUCAUAGGAAUCAUCAUAAUAGUUUCAAUAUUCAAAAGAAUCAUCUUAAGAUCAUAGUGAUCCAAGAGAAGCAUAUAGAUAAAAAAAAAUAAAAUAUAAUAAACCUUAAUAAUAUCAAAAAAGAAAAUAUAGACUCAAUUGA